ACCAGUACUAUUUAGCCGCGAGCUGGCCACCAACCAACUGGCAACUGCCGGCCGUCUACAAUCGUCAUCACACACACUCAAAACCUCACUACCAGAAGCCACACCUACCGGCUACCGGAGCUUUGCUUCCAACGCAAAUCCAUCGAGCUAGGCCACACCAUGAAGCUGCUCUCCUCCGUGCUGUUCCUCUUGCUCGUCGUGCCUGCUACGUGCAAGUCUUCCACCACGCUGGAAGACGCGUGCAGGUCCUUCGCCGCCGGCCACCCGUCCGUCGGCUACGACUACUGCAUCAGAACCUUCCAGGCCGACAGCGCGAGCGCCGCGGCGGCAGACGCGCGCGGCCUCGCCGUCGUCGCGGCCAGGAUCGCCGGGGCGAAGGCCAACGCCACGGCCGCGCGCGUCGCGGUCCUGAGAGCCACGGAGACGGACGCGAGGCGGCGGGACCGGCUCGCCGUGUGCGCGGAGGUGUACUCGGACGCCGUGGACCAGCUCGCCCAGGCUGCGGAGGACCUCGCCCACGGCGAGGGCGGCGCUGGCGCCGACGACGCGGUCACGCAGCUGAGCGCGGCGCUGGACGCCCCCGGGACGUGCGAGGACGCGUUCGGUGAGGCCGACGACACGUCGCCGCUGGCCGCGGAGGACGCCGAGUUCAAGAAGCUCGCGACCAUCGCCCUCGCCGUUGCGGCGUCGUCACUGACGCCGCCGCUGCCACCGUCGACGCUGACGCCAAUGAUUAGUGAUUAACAUGUAAACGUGACUAAUAAUGGAGUAAUAAGCAUGGGCAAGGAGAGUAAUUAAGUACGAGUUACUAGAAUGUGUUUUGAGAUCUUUGUGUUCGGUUUCCCUUGCUGUAUGGAGUUUUGUUGUGCGUGCCUCAGAUGCACGCAUGCAUGCGAUGUGGUGUCGUUUGGUGUAAUGGGCGAGUGGCGCCUGGAAUCGGUGUCGCGCCUUUUGCUGGUCUUUGAACGUGGAUUGUUAGCUGUGCGGGACA